AUGCGCGAGUUCCGCGACGCCCUGCCCAUCGCCUCGCUCAGGGACGAGCUCCUUCGCUCUUUGCGAUCGCGGGACGCGGCUGUGGUGUGCGGAGAGACUGGGAGCGGUAAGACGACCCAGGUGCCCCAGUACCUCCUCGAUGACGCCAUCGACGCCGGGGUCGGCGCCGGGUGCCGCGUCAUCUGCACCCAGCCCAGGCGCGUCGCCGCGCUCACCGUCGCCGAGCGCGUCGCCAAGGAACGGUGCGAGCGGAACGGCGUCGGGGGCAGCGGGAGCCUCGUGGGCCACCACGUCCGGCUCGACGCGGCGGUGACGAGGGACACCCGGCUGGUGUUUAUGACGGCGGGGGUGUUGCUUCGCAAGAUGCACGGCGACCCGCUCCUGACGGAGGCGUCGCACGUCGUGCUCGACGAGAUUCACGAGCGCUCGCUCGACGGUGACUUCCUUCUCGCGCUCCUCAGGACGUUGCCGCGGCGCCGCCGCGAGCGCGGGAUGCCGCCGCUGAAGCUGGUGGUGAUGUCCGCGACGUUGGACGCAGAUUUGUUCCGGGGGUACCUUGGCGAUUGUUCCGUCGUCUCGGCGCCCGGACGCACGCACCCGGUCGCCGUGACGCACCUCGAGGACGUCCACGACGCCCUCGCCUACGUUCUCGACGAGGACUCGCGGUGCUGCCGACGCCCCGCCGGGGAGGGUCGGCACGAUUCCAACCCGGAUUACGACCCUACGCGGUACGAACGUUGCUCCGACCUGACCAGGCGCAACUUGUCGCGGCUCGACGAGUCGGUCAUCGACUACGACCUCGUGGAGCGGCUGCUGGUACACGCGGACGAGUCGGAGGGGUCCGGGGCGUUUCUCGUUUUUCUACCCGGCGUGGGCGAGGUGACGAACCUUUGCGAGCGCCUCGGCUCGCACCCGUCGUUCGCGUCCAGGCGCGGGACACACAGGAUCGUGCCCCUGCACUCGCGGUGCACGCCCGCGGAGCAGCGCGAGGCGUUCAAGGUUCCCCCGCGCGGCGUUCGCAAAAUCGUCGUGGCGACCAACGUGGCGGAGACGUCGGUGACGAUCCCGGACGUCGUCGUCGUCGUCGACACCGGGCGCGUGAAGGAGCGCCAGUGGGACCCGCGGCGUGGUAUGGCGAGCCUGGAGGAGGGGUGGGUAUCGCGCGCCGCCGCGAGGCAGCGCGCGGGCCGCGCGGGGCGGGUCAGGCCCGGAAAGUGCUUCGCGCUGUACACCUCCCACCGCCACGAGGAAAAGAUGCGAAGCCACCAGGUCCCGGAGAUGCACCGCGUCCCGCUGACCGAGAUUGUCCUGCAGAUCAAGAAGCUUCGCGUCGGAGCGAGCGCGGAGGGGUUCCUGGCGGGGUCGAUCGAGCCCCCGAACCCGGCCGCCGUGGACGCCGCCGUCGCGACGCUGCGCGAGGUUGGCGCCAUAUGGUCGGUCCCUCGAGAAAAGGGUAGGCCCGACGAGGGCGAGCUCACGCCGCUGGGCCACCACCUGGCGACGCUGCCCGUGGACUGCAGGGUGGCCAAGAUGCUGGUCUACGCCGCGGUGCUCUCGUGCCUCUCACCGGCGCUCACGAUAGCCGCGUGCCUCUCCUACAAGUCUCCGUUCGCGAGC